AGAUGUCAAUUCAAGCCAAUUCAAGUACAUAAUUACAACCGACAAAGACCCGAUAAGGAUAAAAUGUCCUAUUUCCGCACCGGUGUCAUCUCUAACGGUUACGCUUGGAUAUGUACAUGGGUACCUCCCGUCCUAGUCCGGGGAAAGAUGUGGGGGAAACCUUGAGCAUCUGCUGACAAGGGCGAGGGCGGGCCGAGGUAGCUACCCUUACCUACCAAGAGUCAUCGAAACUUCUACCUUUCACCUUUUUGCAAACUUCCAAUCCUUUAAUCCGAAAUCUCCUUUAUGUUCAACCUAUCUUAUCCCACUAUCCAAACAUUCAAUAGAAAGCCCGAUCGAUGACCGUGAGAAUUGACCUUCGCAGCGCAAACGUAGCUAGUCUACACAUUUUACAGCGAUGAGCUCGCUCUUUACUACGAUGCGCCGAUCUGCCCGCAACGUUUGCGCGGUAUGUCGCCGGCUCGGCUCUGUCGACUUUCAAGCUAUUACGUCAACCCCGAUAUCUAGAAGUGGACGUCGGAAUUAUGCUUCGACGAAAGGAAGGCGGCCGAGGACAGCCAUCUUCUUUCCAGGCCAAGGAGUUCAGAAAGUUGGAAUGCUUACGCCUUGGCUAGAAGCCUUCCCGCGCACGGCCGCGCGUAUCAUGGAUGAGAUAGACAGCUGCAUGGGGUAUAAGCUAUCUGACAUAAUACAAGAUGGGCCAAGUCGGGUGUUAACCGCAACGCCUAAUGCUCAGCCGGCGAUCAUGGCGACCUCGAUUCUCAUCCUGCGUAUACUCGAGAGCGAGUUCGAGUUUGACGUUUCCAAACGAGUAGACGUAUCUCUUGGACAUUCGUUGGGUGAAUUCGCAGCUCUGGUAGCGGCUGGGGUGCUGGAAUUCGAGGAUGCUUUGUACAUGGUCCGUCGGCGCGCAGAGGCUAUGGCGGAGGCUACUCGUCUGGCCAAGGAGAAAUACGGCGGCGAGUAUGGCAUGGUAGCUAUUGUUACCGAAUCCGAAUACCUGAGCUCCCUCAUCGAGGCCAUAGACGAGUUUGUGGGGUACCGCAGUGCGGGCGCAAGGAGUGAAAGUGCCGAGUCGAUGAAGCCGAUCGACCAAGUGCUCAUAGCAAACGUGAACAGCAAAAAUCAAAUCGUGCUAAGCGGGAGCGUGCAGCGAAUAAAGGAGUUGGUAGCACACGUUCGCCAAUUCCUUGGUCAUGACCCAAGAGCGGUCCGAUUAAAUAGCGACAGUCCGUUCCACAGCCCCAUUAUGAGACCGGCCGUCAACGUGAUGCGGGAGCUCGUCUCUGGCAAAAGUAGAGUGAAAGGCUGCGAAGACAAAGAUAUCAUUACCUUCCCAGGCCGACUAGAGUGUAUUAGUAACGUGACCGCCCGACCGUUCGGAAGUGCGGCGGAAGUCAAAGAGCUCCUAGCACGACAAUGCUUAGAGACGGUGAGGUGGUGGGACAGCAUCAAAUAUCUAGACCAAGAACAGAAGGUUAGAAGGUGGGUAGGUAUCGGCCCCGGAAAAGUGGGAAGGAAUCUAGUAGGUAAGGAAGUUGGUAUGCGCGGGACGGACUCGGUUAAGGGCGGCGGCGUUUGGGCUAUCACGGAUCCGAUAGAGAUUGAAGACGUUUUGAAAGGUUUAGAAAAAACAGAGUUUCUGCAGGAGGAUGAGGAAUAAGUCCUUCGCGAUACUGUUCCGGAAAUCUGCUGGCUGGUCAUACAGACUCAGAGGGGUCGGAAUAGCGGGUUGCAGAUUCAGGAGGAUACGAUGCUAGCUUUGGUGUUAUAGAAAUAGCGUCUUUACAAUGCUUGAAUAUUGUCUAAAUAAAAUAAUAAUUAGACAUUUAUAAUGUUAUACCCAUCCGAC